AUGGUAACGGUGUCACAGCUCUCCAAAGCAGAAGCGGGACAGACGGAGCUCCAGCUUCACCGGUUCAUCUCUGCCAGCCGCCGCCGCUCUGAGGCUCCUCCCUCUCUCCGGGGGCCCCGAGCCCCAGGGGCCCCGGGCCUCAGGGGCCCGGAGCCCCAGGAGCCCCCAGGUCCACACUGCUGCAGAAAGCUGAGCCGAGCCGACUGCAGCCUGUCAGUGCAGCUGGAGGCCCCGCCUGCUCCAGCCCCGCCUCAGGCUCAGCUGAUCACACCUGGGAUGGUUGGCUCUACACAGUUCUCACUGAUGGUCACGUUUCUUCCAUACCUCUGGUCAGACACAUUUUGCGGGCUCGCUCCUCCGCCGUCCAAUAGGAUCACAGGAGCGGAGAGCGCUGCGCAGGAGCUGAACCAAUCACAGCUCGGGAAGCAUGCGGACGGCGUGCCGGAGAGCGGCGGGGCAGCGGGAGCCGAGCGGCGGUGUGGAGACCAGCGGAGAGCCGGAGGAGGCAGGAGCCCGGAGCUCAGCGGCAGCGACACACACGGAGCUCAGCGCCCACAACAGUGGUUCAGCCUCUGCAGCGGCGUCUUCCUCAGGACGUUUCCCUCGGCGGCCUCGGGUUGGGACAGGAUGGAAGACUCGGAGACGGAGCUGGCGUCGUCGGAGCCGGACGCCCUGGGCGCCGACUUCAUCACGGUGGAGCUGGACACGCAGCCCAUCGAGUACGUGGUGAAGUGGGCCGAGGUCGGCUCCAAGUUCACCAUCUCCUGCGUGAAGAAGGACUCGGACGACGCCUCGGACCUGACGGCGGAGCAGCUGAAGAUCGAGACGGACGAGGCGUUCUUCGCCCCGUACGAGGAGGUGUACCCCUGCGAGGUGACGGAGCAGAGCGUAGAAAUAAAGACGGACUCUGACGAGGAAGAGGACGACGACAACGAGGAGGACGAGGCGCCGGAGGAGGCGGGCGGCAGCCGGCUGGACGCCGACGGGGAGGCGGAGUCGGAGGCGGAGUUUGACCCGGACGAGCGGCAGUACCGCUGCAGCUACUGCGGGAAAUGCUACAGCCACGCCUCCAGCCUGUACCGCCACCAGCAGAGCCACGCCUCCAAGAGCGCCGCCGCACCGCCACCCGCCAAACGCAGCCUGGAGCCCGCUGGGAAGGAGGCACGCUACACCUGCCCACACUGUGGCAUGGCCUUCAAAGGCAGCAGGAUGCUGGGAAGUCACCUGCGGCUGCACGGCAAGCGGAGGAUCCACCCCUGCAACAUCUGCGGCAAAGAGUUCAACCACAGCUCCAGCCUGUCCCGCCACCGCCUCAUCCACAAGAAGGGCAAGGGCCUCCCCAAGGAGCUCGCCCUCGGCACCAACAUGGCCGCCCUGCGCCGCUCGCUCAAGUCCCCCGGCAAGAACAAGAAGAACAAGAGGCAGCGGCAGCAGGGCGGAGCCAAGCAGCCGGCCCCGCCCCCGGCCGUCAUCCAGGGCCAGGGCGGCGAGAAGUUCUACGCCUGCCCGCAGUGCGACAUGACCUUCAGGACGUCCACGCAGCUGUCCAAACACCAGGUGACGCACGUCAAGGAGCUGCUGGACAACUACACGCCCGGCAAGGAGAACCUGGGCGAGACCUCGUCCGACCUCAAGAUCCGCCUCAAGCUCUGCUCCCGCGACAAGCCCAACUUCUACACGCUCUGCAAGAAGAACCGCCGCCGCCGGGGGGGGAGGGGCUCCGCCAAGCGAGGCCCCGCCGAGGAGGAGGAGGCGGCGGGAGGGGGAGGCGGAGGCGGAGCUCACGGCUGCGGGCAGUGCGGGAAGAGGUUCAGCCACGCCUCCAGCCUGGCGCGGCACCAGCAGACCCACAAGGCGGACGGGGGGCGGGGCAAGCUGAGCUGCUACGCGUGCGGCAAGGCCUUCCAGCGGCGAGCCGACCUGCAGCAGCACCAGAAGAGUCACGCCGCGGCGCCGCCCAAGACCUACACCUGCUCGGCCUGCAACAAGACCUUCAUGCACUCGUCCAGCUUCUCCCGCCACAAGAAGGCCCACCUGGACGACCAGCGCCACCGCGAGCGCAACGCCAAGCGCAGGAAGCGGAGCGCCGUGGACGAGACGGCGCCGCUCGAGUCAGACUCUGAGUGACGCACGCCGCUCCAGACCUCGCCCCGUCCCGGACCCAGUCCUGGACCCGGACCCGGACCGGUCCUGGACUCGUUUGGGCGGUUCUGGGCGGUUUGUGGAACUGGUUAUUUCUCUGGUGUAGAUAGCAGCAGGACGUCCAUAUAUGGUCAUUUAGUGGAAGGAUUCCCAUAUAUGGUCAUGCCUCUGGUCGCACACGACCCGUUAGCUAAUUGCUCGUAAGGACGGGGACUAGAUUUGAGUGUAACCCCCCUCCCCCUCCCCUCCCUUUUCAUUGGUUGUUAGAUUGCACUGUUACCAUGGAGACACUUUGGGUUUGUUAGUUUGGUGACAUUCCCUCUGCAGGAAUCAGGAAACCUGCUCACUGCCGCUGGGC